AUGGUCUUCGGGGAUGACGAUGAUAAUGAUGAAGCUCUCGGAGGAUUCACCUACAGUCCCUUCCAAAUUAGGACUGAAAGUAAGCACGAGCCAUCUGCUACGAAUGAGCAAUUGAAGUCCCUACAUGAAAAGAUACAUCAAUUGCUUCUUGCUUCAAAGGCAUCAUCUUCUGAUGCUUAUUCUAAAGCAGCAAUUGAUUCUCUAUUUGAACGCAUAACGAAAGAGCAUGGGGCCAAUGCAGAAAAGACGAAUAUGGUUGUUGAUGAUUCUGCUGAAGUUUGCAAGCUGAUGACCGAAAAAGUCAAUAAACUAAUUACUGAGACCAUUUCAUUCAUGGAGAACUUCCAGACUACAUUCAACAACAAUACAAAGAAUGCCAAUUAA